AAUUAAUAUAAUAGAAAGAAAAGAAUAAUAAUAUUAUAAUGGUGGGUUGAGGUAGGGGUUGGGGAAGAGGUUGGAAGCGGGGGGGGCAAAGGAUUGAUGAAAAAGAAGACGAUGGUUGCUUUGUUGGAGAUCAGAGCCGAUUCCGGUAGAAAGGGAAGCUUCUCUGUACUCCUGCUUUUUCUUCUCUUGAUUCUCAUUCUUCCGCUUCUUUAGCUCUCUCUUACACUCUUACUUCUUCUUCUUCUCCUCCUCCUUCUCUACUUCUUCUCCAUUUCUACCCUUUUUUUCAAAAGCUUCAGAUCUCGACUUUGAUUUCUUCUUGUUGACCAUUGGGAGUUUUGAGUUUACUUUAGAUUUGGGUUUUAAUGCUGGAUAACAUCUCAUGUUGCAUUCUGGAUGAUUCUGGGAUUGGUUAAAGGGCGUCUAUGAAUGAGUUUAUCGCUUUGGUAGCUUAAUCCGUGGUUCUCUGUGUGUUGUUGUUGUUGUUUUUGAUAACUGGUGAGAGGACAAUUUGGUGUAUAUAGGUAGGAUUGUUCGUAGUUGAUUUUCUCCCGUGGGAUAAUUUUGUGAUUCCUGGAGGAAAUCAGAAAAAAAAAAGUAAAAAGAGAAACUCAAACUCAGUUCCCAUAAGAGUUUAAAUCGUACCCACCAAUUUUAUUUUAUUUUUUUUUGUGGGUUCUAUAUAGUUUUCACUUUUUCUCUUCAUUUUUGUCUUCAAACUGAAGGAUCGGAUCAAUUUGCAUCGAGGUGUAGAUUUUUUUGAAGAUAAAAAGGAAAAAAAAAAAACAAAGCUUGAUUAGAAGUAGAGUAGUUAAAAUGGUUUUUGGUCCGAGGGGCUGACCUGGUUCUUAUAAUUGUUGGGGGCAUUGCUUUCUAUGGGAAUACCUGAUACUUCACUACUUGAUUUGAUAGAGAAGGUUGGGUCUUGGAUUCCUUGGAGAGGAAGUCAUCGGCCUUGUUUGUCUCGGGAAAACGAGAUGCCUGGUAACAGUUGCAAAAUGUGUUGCGGGUGUGAUAUAAAAUUUUCAGAGUACUGGAUUAGAUAUCACUGCCAAAGCUGUGGUCGGGUGCUGUGUGGGAAAUGUUUGUGGGGCUUUGAAUCUUAUAUUGUUGCAUCCAGUGAAGAAAAUAUUAAUUCCUGCAAGUUUUGUUCCGAGGUUAGUUUGAGGCGCGAAGGUGGGAGAAAGAAUAGUGAGAAAAUCCAUCCUUCCGCCUCUCCUCGAGAAAGCCCUGAACCACCUUCUCCUUGUUUUGGUGGUGAAAAAACUGAUGGUACUGUGAAUAGUGAGUUGAUUCACAGUGAUCGGCUUGCCUGCUUUCUUGAAGCCCGGGAUUAUGGUUAUUCUCCCCGUGCUGCAACCAGCAGCACUGUGACCUCUAACCAUGGUUAUCCAUCUCCAGUGUCUGUUCGUCGCUUUUAUAGCAGGAGUGAUGAAGAAGAGGCUGAGGAUUCUGGGAAGCACUUCUUCAGCCUGUCUGGUGAAUAUUAUCAAGAUAAUUCAGAUAUAGAUACAAGUAGUGUUAGUGCUAGACAUGAGUUUUACAGUUUCAAGUCAGUGGGAUCAAGUCCUUCAGACAGCCCCUCUAGGAUUGAUUUUACUUCUAAUAGAGUUGGGCACUCUGUACAGCAAGAGAGAGAGAGAAGCCCAAGGGCUCCAAAUGAUGGUUCCUUUGUUCAAGAUUCUAUGGCUAUUUUAAGAAGGCCUGGGGAUGGGACUGAGGAUCCAGAGAAUACUGAUGAUUGCUCAGAUGAUUUGGCAAUAUUUCAGGACCAAUGCGAGAAGCUGCAAAAGCCAUUGGAUUUUGAAAACAAUGGUUUCAUUUGGUUUCCUCCACCAGCAGAUGAUGAGGAUGAUGAGGAAGAGAACAAUUUUUUUGAAUAUGACGAUGAAGAUGAUGAUAUUGGAGAAUCAGGAGCAAUGUUCUCAUCUAGUACUAGCCUUGCAAGUAUGUUCCCAGCAAAGGAGAAGCAGAAUGAGGGACACAAGGAGCCUCUGAGGGCUGUGGUCCAGGGGCAUUUUAGGGCUCUUGUGUCACAGCUAUUACAGGGAGAGGGUAUCAAGGUGGGUAAAGAGGAUAACAUUGACGAGUGGCUCGACAUUGUUGCAACAGUGGCUUGGCAGGCUGCAAAUUUUGUGAAACCAGAUACUAGUAGAGGAGGCAGUAUGGAUCCAGGAGCAUAUGUAAAGGUUAAGUGUAUAGCAUCAGGAAGUCCACAUGAGAGCACCCUCGUUAAGGGAGUAGUUUGUACAAAAAACAUUAAACACAAGCGCAUGACUUCACAAUACAAAACCCCUAGAUUACUUAUUUUAGGAGGAGCACUUGAGUACCAGCGAGUUCCGAACCAGUUGGCGUCUUUUAAUACUCUACUGCAACAGGAAAUGGAUCAUCUCAGGAUGAUUGUUUCAAAGAUAGAGGCUCAUCGCACAAAUGUUCUUCUGGUAGAAAAAAGUGUAUCUUCAUAUGCGCAAGAAUAUCUGCUGGAAAAGGAUAUUUCGUUAGUUUUAAAUGUUAAAAGGCCAUUACUGGAGCGCAUAGCUCGAUGCACUGGUGCUCUAAUUACUCCAUCAGUUGAUGAUAUUUCUAUGACACGAUUGGGACACUGUGAACUCUUCCGAGUAGAGAGAGUGUCAGAAGAACUUGAGACUGCUAAUCAAUCCAACAAGAAACCAUCUAAAACUUUGAUGUUUUUUGAGGGUUGUCCAAGGCGUUUAGGUUGCACGGUCUUGCUGAAGGGUGCAUGUCGUGAAGAACUGAAGAAAGUUAAGCAUGUUGUUCAAUAUGCAGUGUUUGCAGCCUAUCAUUUAUCCCUUGAGACUUCCUUCCUUGCUGAUGAGGGUGCUAGUCUGCCCAAGAUGACACUGAAACCCUCUAUUACUAUACCAGAUAGGACAACUGCUGAUAAUGUCAUUUCAUCAAUCCCUCAUUCUGCUGCUUCUACCGUUUGUCAAGCAGCCAUCGAUGCCCCUGCUAGGGAGGAAGGAUCUGUAGGUUUCAAUACAGAACUUGGAGGAUGUGAGUCCUCAUCUGAGCAUAUUAAUCCUGGUCCCAUAUCUCCUUUAUCUCCUGACUCAAUGGAUGGUAGACUUGGAAAUAUACCCACUGAUGCACACAAUGAUGAUUUGGCAUCCAGUGGGGGUCUGGAAUCAUAUUCUUUGAAAAAAUUCAUGGAUUUAAGGGGGGCCAUUGUGCUUCCUGCUGAUUUUAAAGAUCAUUCCCAACCUGACUUGCAGGAUACCAUGAUUAAAGAGGAGAUGCAACCUGGGGAAAUUCAUGAAUUGGCCAAGCCUGAACAGGCUGAUGAAAAUGAAGUGUCAAGUGAAUACUUCUCUGGCACUGACAGUCAUCAGAGCAUAUUGGUGUCAUUUUCAAGCCGUUCUGUGCGGACAGGAACUGUAUGUGAACGCUCUAGACUUAUGCGUAUUAAGUUUUAUGGCUGUUUUGACAAGCCUCUUGGAAGAUAUCUUCGUGAUGAUCUCUUUGAUCAGACACCUUGCUGUUCAUACUGUAGAGAGCCUGCUGAUGCCCAUGUCCAGUGUUAUACCCAUCAGCAAGGAAGUCUUACAAUCAAUGUAAAAUGUCUUCCCUCCAUGAAGCUACCCGGGGAGCGGGAUGGAAAAAUAUGGAUGUGGCAUCGAUGCCUAAGAUGUGCCCAAAUAGAUGGAGUUCCACCAGCAACUCGUAGGGUGUUUAUGUCUGAUGCUGCAUGGGGACUUUCUUUUGGAAAGUUCUUGGAGCUUAGCUUUUCAAACCAUGCAACUGCUAAUCGUGUUGCAACUUGUGGUCAUUCUUUACAAAGGGACUGCCUCCGUUUCUAUGGGUUUGGGAGUAUGGUUGCAUUCUUUCGCUAUUCCCCCAUUGAUAUUCUGUCUGUCCAUUUGCCCCCAGCAAUGCUUGAAUUCAAUGGCCAGGUUCAACAAGAGUGGAUAAGAAAAGAGGCUUCAGAGCUUUUGAGUAAAAUAGAAACUGUGUAUGUGAAGAUAUCUGAUGUGCUCGAUAGAAUUGAACAGAAAACUACAUCUUUCAGAAAUGAAUCUUCAGAUAAAAGUGAGUUGCAUAACCAUAUCAUGGACCUGAAAGAUCUGCUGAAUAGGGAAAGAAAUGAUUACAACAAUUUGCUGCAACCAUCUGGUGUAGGAGCUUCACCAUCAGGUCAAGUGGCAGUAGACAUUCUGGAACUCAACUGCUUGAGACGUUCUCUCCUCAUUGGUUCACAUGUUUGGGAUCAGCGGCUCAGUUCAUUGGAUUCUCUCCUUGAAACAAGGAUUUCUAUUUCCAAGAACAAACAGGGGGAGGCAUCUCAUGCUGAAAUGAAGGGCUGUAGUACUGAUUCAUUUCUCAUGAAUAGCAAGCUUGACCAUUAUCAUGAAGAAAAUGUUACCCAGUCUUCAAAAAUACAGGAUUCCCACAGGAAUGAUAUGCUGUUGGAGCACAAGGAAGAGAUUAAUCCAUCAUUAUUUGAGCCCCAGGUUCCUGAAAAUUCUAUGUUAACCUCAGGUCAUGAUAACAGAAAGGAGGAAGCAUAUGUGGAUGAAAAAAACAAAACACUUUUGGAAAGCAUCCCAUCCCCUGCAUCCAAUCUGUCUGACAAGAUAGAUUCUGCAUGGACAGGCACAGAUCAACUUCUGAUGAAACCUCAGUUUGUUCAUACGCUACAUGCAGAUGGGAACCAGGCUGGUUCUGUCAGGCAAAUAAACCAAAUAGAUACUCCACCUUUUAGAAGGCCAAUGUCACCAGUGAGAGUCUAUUCCUUUGAUUCUGCAGUAAGAGUUCAGGAAAGAAUCCGGAAAGGAUUGCCCCCCUCUUCUUUGCAUCUGUCUACGCUUAGGUCCUUCCAUGCUUCUGGUGACUAUAGGAAUAUGGUCAGGGAUCCUGUUUCUAGUGUAAUGAGGACUUACUCUCAAUUAUCUCCCCGGGAAGCACAAAAGGUAGGUUCAACAUCCUCAUUCUUCUCCUCAUCUCAUGUGGCUGAAGGGGCCAGGCUGCUCCUUCCGCAAACAGGCCACGGUAAUUUAGUUAUUGCUGUUUAUGACAAUGAACCCACUAGCAUAAUAUCAUAUGCCCUUAGUUCCAAGAAGUAUGAGGACUGGGUUGCUGAUAAGUUAAAUGAGCAUGAAGGAGGUUGGAGUGCCAACGAAAGCAAUAAAGAAGAUUCUUCAGUUUCCACCUCGGCUUGGUCGUCUUUUGGCCCUCUAGACUUGGAUUAUAUCCAUUAUGGAAGUUAUGGGUCUGAAGAUUCUUUAUCAGCAGUGGGGACCCUGUUUACAGACACCAAAAAAUCUCCUCACCUAAGAAUUUCCUUUGGGGAUGAGUCUUCAAAUGCUGGAGGCAAAGUUAAGUUUUCUGUCACCUGUUAUUUUGCAAAGCAGUUUGACACACUUAGAAAGAAAUGCUGCCCUAAUGAAGUGGAUUUUGUACGUUCCUUAAGCCGUUGCAAAAGGUGGAGCGCGCAAGGGGGAAAGAGCAAUGUGUAUUUUGCUAAGUCAUUGGAUGAGAGAUUCAUUAUAAAACAAGUCACGAAAACAGAGUUGGUUUCUUUUGAAAAAUUUGCACACGAGUACUUCAAAUAUUUGACACAUUCUCUUAGCUCAGGAAGCCCAACUUGCCUUGCUAAAAUUCUUGGUAUUUAUCAGGUCACUGUCAAAAAUCUGAAAGGUGGAAAGGAAACAAAAAUGGAUUUGAUGGUGAUGGAGAACCUUUUUUUCAAGAGAAAUAUCUCAAGAGUCUAUGAUCUUAAGGGUUCUGCACGAUGUCGCUACAAUGCAGAUACAACCGGGGCGAACAAAGUAUUGCUAGAUACGAAUCUACUGGAAACACUAUGUACAAAACCCAUAUUUCUUGGAAGCAAAGCGAAGAGAAGCCUAGAGAGAGCUAUUUGGAACGAUACAUCCUUUUUGGCGUCUGUUGACGUCAUGGACUAUUCACUGUUGGUUGGGGUGGACAAUGAGCGCAAAGAACUGGUUUUAGGGAUCAUUGAUUUCAUGAGGCAGUAUACAUGGGACAAGCACUUGGAGACAUGGGUGAAGGCAUCAGGUAUACUUGGUGGUCCAAAGAAUGCUCCGCCAACUAUUAUUUCUCCCAUACAAUACAAGAGAAGAUUCAGGAAAGCAAUGACUACAUAUUUUCUGGCAGUACCUGAUCAAUGGUCUUCCUGAACUGCAUUAUUUCAUUCUAUUUAUUCACAAAGCUUCUGUUCUUUAAUAAGGAAAUGAGAGAUUGCUAUUGCUGAUAAUGGAGAGGAUGGAGAUCCCUCGUCCUGAUUGGUUUGUUUUUUUAUCCCUUUUGUGUAUGGGCAGCAAUGUUGCCCAACUAGAGGCGGCUUACACAUGGAUGGGGCACAUAUUCCCUCUGAGAUUUCUUUCUUCUUCCUCUUUGUACAUGUGCACGCUAUACCUUCACAUGAUAUGCUUGUAAGGCCCCAACCCCCGCCCCCCCCCCCUCGUUUUUCUUUGUAUUCUUUUUGUGGAGAAAAAGAAAAAGCCGAGAAUGAAAAUGGUUGCUCAGAUUGGAAGUCUUUUUUCUGGGGAGAACUUUCCUUUUUAGAGUGUUGGAAGGCAACUAUUGAAUUCAACAUAAUGGUUCUUCUUGAUCA